AUGGCGGUCCUUUGGGAUGAUGUCCCAGUGAAGACUCAUCCCGACUUGCAGAUCAUGGAACUGUGCUUCCAGGAUCCCACAACCCAAGAGCGCCAUCAGCUCACAGGAGCUGCGGCCCGGGGGAAUCACCUGGAAGUCGAAAGAUUGCUGCAGCGGCCGCUGGAUCCAAACUUGGUGGACGAAGUUGGCGCGCGCCCUCUUCGCCACGCAUCCUACCGCGGUCAUCCCGGCGUCGUGGAGUUGCUCCUUGAAGCCUUGGCGGACGCCAACGCAGCCGACGAGGAGGGGGUGCCAACGCUCGUGUGGGCCGUUGGAGCCGGCCAUUCCGAGAUUGUGAGCUUGCUCUUGUCCGCCAAAGCUGACAAGGAUGCUGCCGACAGCAGGGGCAAAACCUCCCUCCAGAUCGCAGCCUCCCAGGGCCACAGAGAUGUUCUCCGCCACCUUCUCGAGCUCCGAGCGAAUCUAGAUCAGCAGGACAUGGAGGGCAAGGCCGCCCUUCACGACGCCUGCUGCGAGGUCCAGGUGGACAGUGUCUCCAUGCUUCUCGAGUUCAGGGCCGACCAUUCACUUUUCGACUCUGAGGGCAAGACGCCCCUGCAUUGCGCAUCACAGGCAGGGAGUUUCGACUGUGCGUCCUUGCUUGUGGAAGCCGGGUCCCACGACCUGCCCGACAGCUAUGGAGACCGUGCCGUUGAUUAUGCGCGCCGGGGGCGGCACGCGAAGGUCGCGAGCUUGCUGCAGGAGCCGAGCGUGACCCGGGAUCCCGUCGACGACGCAGAAGCCGCUCCGUCGACCUCGCAUCUUGAGCCGCACGCGGCUGGCUCCGAGCUCCUGGACGCCUGCAUCCUGAAGAAGUGGUGUGUGGACAACUGGCACCGCAUCAUCAAGAAGGAGAAGGCCCAGAAGAAAGACGAGGAAGCCAAGCGGAAGCACCAGGAUGAGCUGGACCGCAUCCGGAGGGAGGAGCUGGAGAAGAAGGACAAGGCAGCCAACAAGCUGGCUGAGCAGAUGUUCAAGAAAUACUGGGAUGACAACGUCGGCGUUGUGGUGGAGCUGUGGCGACGGCUGGCGGUGAUCACGAAGGAGACGAAGGCACGGCGCAAGCACGAGGAGGAGCUCGCCGCGCUGAAGCGAACCAACAAGGAAGUCGGGGUGAAGGCCGCCCUGGAGAUCGCUGGGCGCAUGUCCAAGGCCCACUGCGACAGCCUCCUGAAGAUGAGCCUCUCCUCCUGGCGGGUCUGGGCGCACCAAACGCGAAGCAGCCGCAAGGAAGAGGAGGCCAAGAAGAAGUACGAGCAGGACAUGGCCCGAAUCAGGCGCCUCGAGGUGGAGAAGGCAGACAAGGCAGCCGAGGUGGCGGGCCUGAACAUGUUCCGCAAGGUAAUGAACGACAAUCUCGGCCUCAUUGUCGCGGAGUGGAAGGACCUCACCAAGAACGAGCUCCUGCACAGGAAGUUGGAGAAAGACAUGCGGGAUAACAAGAACCACAUCGACAACCUCAAGAAGGAGGCUCGAGCGAAAGGCGAACGAGUGCGCCACUUGGUGGCGCAGAACCUCUUCGCCAAAGAUAAGAAGGAGGUGUUGAGUGAUGCCUUCGCCAAGUGGGUCAUCAACUGGAGGACAGUGUCUGUGGAGUGGCAUGGAGACAGCCCGGUUUGCUCAGCGCUGCGGAUCGCGGCCCUCCCUGGAGCAGCUAACGCCAUGUCAGUUGCAGGUGCAUCCGACGCUUUGUCCGACGAGUUCUCCCUUGUGGCAAGCCAGCAAGCCGUCGUGCACGACAUGACGCCAGACCCGUUCCUGGCCAUGAACCUUGGCGAGGAGAUGCAGAAUCAGUACCUCUCUGAUGCGCAGCAGAGGCUGGAGAAUCCGGAGCUCUGGAAGAGCAACGCCGCGGCUGAGAUCCGGCUUCUUGCGUCCACUGCCAACCCAGCAGCCAAAGUCAAGCUCGACAAGCUUUAA